AAGGGCUUCCUGCUUCGGGGAUUCUGUGAAUGUCACUGCCGUUUGCGACAAAUAUAAUUCUUUGAUCUUCGAGCAAUAUUGCGUCCCGGAUUCUUGCCCUGUCGUAUUUUUCUUCAUUGACCGGUGUUUCUUGAGGCGCUUAUGGUUGAAAAUUACAUAUUAUAAAUUUCUUCGGCACUUAAACGUUGCUUAUCAAGUUCGUGAGCAGCUCAUAUACAAUAUUGAUGGUGGAUUUCUUUUGCUCUUAACUAUUGGAGCGGUCGUUGCAGCGAUCGUUGCAGCAAGGCUUUUGUGCGUACCAUGUGUGUUUGGGUUUUUAAUCUAUAAGUUCAAUAGAAGACAUUUAUCCACCUUUGAUAGCAUAGAAGGUUUCUUGCAUAGUCAGAAUCAUCUUGUGCCUAUUAGGUACUCCUACUCGGACAUCAAGAAGAUGACAAAUGGUUUUAGGGACAAGUUGGGGGAAGGAGGCUAUGGUUGUGUAUACAAAGGAAAGCUCCGAAGUGGCCCUCCUGUAGCAAUUAAAAUUCUAAGUAAGCCGAAAGCUAAUGGACAAGAGUUCAUCAACGAAGUUGCUACCAUUGGAAGGAUUCAUCAUGCCAACGUUGUUCAGCUAAUUGGAUAUUGUGCUGAGAGAUCUAAGUGUGCUCUUGUGUAUGACUUCAUGCCUAAUGGGUCUCUAGAGAAGUACAUCUUUUCUCUAGAAGAAAAAUUGUCCUUAAGUUGUAAGCAAAUGUAUGAGAUUUCUCUCGGAGUGGCUCGUGGCAUUGGAUAUCUGCAUCAAGGUUGUGACAUGCAAAUCUUACAUUUUGAUAUAAAGCCUCACAACAUUCUUCUUAACGAGAAUUUCACUCCAAAACUUUCAGAUUUUGGGCUUGCAAAAUUGUAUCCAACAGAUAAUAGUACUGUGACAAUGACUGCAGCAAGAGGAACCUUGGGCUAUAUGGCUCCAGAGUUUUUCUACAAAAACAUCGGAGGUGUUUCCCAUAAAGCUGACAUUUAUAGUUUUGGAAUGUUGUUGUUGGAAAUGGCAGGCAAGAGAAGAAAUUGGAAUUCAUCAGCUAAUUCAAGCCAAAUUUUCUUCCCUUCAUGGGUUUAUGAUCAAUUCGCGGAAGGAAAAAACGUACAAAUUGGAGAGACCACCGAGGAGGAGAGUAAGAUGGUAAACAAGAUGAUGUUAGUGGCGUUAUGGUGUAUACAAAUGAGGCCUAGUGACCGUCCGUCGAUAAACAAAGUUGUUGAGAUGCUUGAAGGAAAUAUAGAAAUGAUUCACACGCCUCCAAAGCCUUUUCUAUAUUCACAAGGUACACAGGCCGAGAAUAAUGGAAUGAAUGAAAGGUUGCCCAAUCUGUCAGGUGCUUGUAUGGAUUCUCUCACCCUUGAUAUAAGUACUGGACGCUAAAUUCUCAAGACCAAACAUCCUGUAUUUACAAAUAAUGUUGGUUCCAUAUGAUUUCGAUUUGAUGGUUUUAGAAGACCGUGUGACUUGGUUUCGGAUCUGACAAGGGGAACACUGACGUUGUCUAUGUCAAGUUGUUCAAGAAUUGUUUCACUGUUUAUGUUAAUGGGAUCGAGAUUUGUCU